CUGGACUAUAUCACUUAUUCUUUCUCCUAGAGGAAUACCUGGUGCCUCCCUCAGGUGUCUGCCUAUUUAUCGGAUCAUUUACCUGCCUAUUUAUCGGAUCACUUACCUGCCUAUUUGCCUAUCACCUAUUGCCUAGUUACUGGCUCAACGAUCCAUUUACCUGCAGUUGUGCUUAGUGCUAUUCAGCGCUGCACUUGCCUACUGAGAUCUACUCAACUCUACCACUUGGCGCUAUCGGCAUUGCCCGCCUAUUCGACAGCCCACCUGUCAAGCUAUUAGGCGCGACUUCCCGUAGAUUCAGAUCUGUGUGAGACGUCAUAGCUACGCCAACCCUCUGCAACUAACUGGACAUAUCCUGUUACCUACACUGCCCACGGCAGAUCAGCUCUGCCCGCAAUAACCUUGUGCCCACGGUACCCGGCCACCCGCCCUACUGUGCCCACUACAGAUACUAGAACUUGGGACUGAGACUCCGCAAGAACUAUAUCGCCGGCGUCCCUCUAUCCGCUAGAGCGCCACCUACCGCUGCAGAACCUCAAGCCAGGACACAGCCAGCUGCGACAUCAACAGGACAACCAGCUAAGUCAGAGGACAAAGUGACAUACUCUCUUAUUAGGUGCUACAGUGAUGAUCAAAAUACCUUACUAAUUAGAGAUAGAUGCAAACCCUCCCCCUUUUAUUCUUAUAUGUAUAUUUAUGUAAAUAAAUAUUCUUUUAUUUUAACUUUUGUAUCUAUCUUUCAUUGCUUUGUCUCGUUGCGUGUCUGCUCCCGAUUCAUAUGCUGAUAAGUGGGGGUGUGAUAGCAUUUAAAAAUAAUCAUCCCCUAGACAUAAAACGUGCCAAACACACGUCACCUUUCCCCACCUGUCACAUUUUGGCGAGCCCGUCCGUGGAUUUAACCCAUUAGUACAGCAGGCACGAACAGGCAGCAAUAACUAAAUUCCAUAUCAAUAUUUUUUUUCCUUAAAAUAUUUAUAAGUAUCAUCACUUCGCAUUAUUAAGAGUGUCACUUCUGUCAUAUUUUAUUUAUUAUUAUUAUUGCAUUUCAUGUGUAAUAUUUUCUUGCAGGAACCUUGUGAUUAACAUAGGCAGACACCACAUUCCUUUUGCACUCUUCCCUAUAACUUCCAAGUAAUUGCUUUCAGCAGCUCCUUCCUCGUCUCCACCUCUUACUCUACUUCUGCUUUAUCCCCCUCAUUACCCACCCCUCAUCAUUAUGGCCAGCGGCACACGCUCGAAAGCGGACUCUGACAUGAAGCAGAAAAUGGCUGAAUUGAAGGAGUUUGCGGCCACCUUAUUUGACGAUGAGGCAGAACGGAAAGAAUUCGUGAGAGCACGAUUUGAGGCGUUUGAAAGGGAGGAAGAAAAAAGAAAGGAGAAGGAAGACGAAAAGGAAGAAAAAAGAAAGGAAGACGAAAAGGAAGAAAGGAGAUUAGCAAGGGAGCAUGAAAUAGCUAUGGAAAGGGAGAGAAGGGAAACUGAAACAGCAUUGAAGGAAAGGGAAGCGAGAAAGGAAGCUGAAAUAGCUAUUGCUAAAGAAAGAGAAGUCACCGAGCGGGAAAAGGAAAUAACUCUGAGGGAGAAGGAGAAAGAAAUAACAGCGAGAGAGAAGAUAGCCGCGGACAAAGAGAACGAGGCCGCCCGCCAGGCUUCUUCCGAGUCUCGCCCGGCUAGCCCAGCAUCCUUUCAAAGUUCCUUGAACGGUCUGCCCCACAUGCCAAUGGAGCACUUCGACGACAAGACAGAGAACAUCGAAGUUUAUCUUGUCCGUUUUGAGGAAGUAGCACGCUUUUACGGUCUGCCAGAGGAGAAAUGGUGCUUCCGGCUAUCCCAAUGCCUCCGAGGCAAAGCCUACGAAGUCUACUCUAAACUUCCCUCCGGCCAGAGAGAGGACUACACAGCCCUCAAACAGGCGCUACUCGUCCAGUUCGAGCUGACCGCCGAGGCCUACCACAAAAAGUUCAGAAGUUCCCGCCUCGAACGCAGAGAGACCUACGGCAACCUCUGCGAAAGGCUGGACAAGUACCUUGUCAGGUGGCACGCCCUCAGCCGGUUGCCAGAGACUUUUGAUGGCCUAGCAUGCCUCGUCCUCUCUGAGCAACUGUUGGAGUGCAUGUCCCCAGAGGUCAGAGUUUAUGUCAAGGAGCAACAAGCAACUGCACCCGCUGACAUAGCUUCCGCCGCUGACCGGUACUUGAACGCCCGAAAGGACUUAAAAGGCAAGGCUACCGCGACAGACCAGCAAACAGACCAACCAACUUCUCCUGCUCAGUCCAACCUUGCUCCUAAAACUCCUCAGCACAACCUGGCACCAGGUCGGCAAUCAGCCCCUCAUAGCCACAAUAACCGCCCCAACCACCAGUCUCGCUAUAACCAGACCAACUACUCUCAGCGUGACUCACGUCAUAGCGCGCGUGACAGUAGACCCACUCCACAACGGCAGCAGCAGGCCCCACGGACCCUAUCUACGGUGACGCCAGUCUCUCAACCCUCCGCGAUCGAUCCUUCUGACCAACCGGAGGAGGACACAUACUUCGUCUCCACGAUGGCCGUGGUUCCUCAACCCACUGCCAUUGAUCUCGGCCAACCAGAACUCCCACCAGUGCUACCUCACCCCACCUCUUCUCCUCCGGGAGUAGAGAACAUUCUGGCCAACGGUGUUGAAGUCUUGGGCCUUUACGACUCAGGCUGUUCGUUCGGCGCGGUUAUAAAUAGAACGCUGAUUGACCCAUCGGAUCUCACUGGUGGAACAGUGACAAUCCAGUCCAUAGACCGUGGCACUCCUCCGCAGGUUCUACCUGUCGCGAGGGUACACGUGGAGUGCAGAUACGUACAUGGCACCAUUGAUGCCGCCGUCAUGGACACGCCAGUGUAUGAUUUCAUUCUAGGCUCCAAAUAUGUCCCUCUUGGAGUAGUCAACAAGCCAUACUUCUCUCUGCCCGUCGGUAGAUCGACGAAGCAGAAACGUGGCAGCAACCAGCCGGUUGGAAGCCCUGGUCGCCACACUCACCCGCCCGGUCCCGACUCAUCGGCGAAGCUCAAACCACUCCGCCCUGGCAUUGACUCUGCUAGGAAGUCACGAGUUAAGUCGCAUACCCGCACUCGUGAGGGUCUACUUGACCCAGGCUACUCAGCCAAAAUCACGCAACAUUCCUCUGACAUUGACAGUGUCAGAAUGCCCCGAGGUAAGAUGAACCCUUGCUCUCGUGGACUUGCUCCUCUUCAUGGCUCCUCGGCCACCAUUCCGAAUCAACCUCUCCCUGGCAUUGAUAGUGUCAGGAAGUCACGAGGUAAGCCGAACCCUCGCGCUCGUCAAGACUAUUCUCACCCUGGCCCCUCAGCCACCAUUCAAUAUCAACCUUUCCCUGGCAUUAACCGUGUCAGGAGGCCACGAUGUAAGCCAGAUUAUCGCACUCGUGGGGACGUUCUCAGGCAGAACUCCACAUUCUUUAUCAGGCCACUCUUCCCUGACAUUGAUCGUGUCAGACGAUACCGAGGUAAGCUGACCACUUACUCUCGUGAAGAAGCGCCUCAUAGCGGCUUAGGAGGUAAGCCCCAACGGGCACACGUACCUUGGGCACCCCGCCUAAGCCCCAAUCACCCUCCCCAAUCCGCCCCAGGAAGGAAAUAUAACUCAUCCAAUCGCCCAAUCUACUCUCCCAAGCAACCCCAUGUGUUUCACUCAGGUGACUACCUACUCAGGGACGGAAAGUAG